AUGUCCGAGCUCCAGAGCAAAUACGUCCUCCAGACCGCUGGCUUCGACGCCCGGUUCCCCAACCAAAACCAGACGAGGCACUGCUUCCAGAACUACACGGACUACUUCAAGUGCAUCGCUGCCAAGGGCGAGGACUACGCCCCCUGCAAGCAGUUCAAGCGUGCCUACCACUCUCUCUGCCCCAACGAAUGGACCAACAAGUGGGAUGAGCAGCGCGAGAGCGGCACCUUCCCCGCGUCGCUGGAGCCCUGA